AUGCGUGGGCCCGUUGCUCUCGUCACUGUUCUCUCAGCACUCGCUACGCUUGCCUCUGCACUCCCGCCUCUGGACAGGGUGCCCCGAGCAGCUCCGACUACUCGCGUCAAGCCCAAGUAUUCCGUUGUACCUCUUGAGCCUAGUGAUGAUGAUCCACAGAGCGGCAACGGCGGUGCUGGCGGAAACGGUGGUGAUGGUCAGGGUAACCCCACGACAGUCACGAAAACCGGUCAGCACGUUGCCGUCACGCAUCCGGCUUCUACCAGCAUCUCAAUAAUUCCCAUGGCGGGCAAUCCAAAAGUCACAGUCACCGUUACUGCUGAAGUAACCACCACCGUUGCGACGACCACCUCGGUUGCUGAUCCCACGACGACGACGACCCCCGUCGUGACGCCUACAACGACAACGACAUCGACACCGACAGCGUCGGUCUCGGCUCUCACAACGACGGCCUCGGUGACUACUCAUACGACGACAGCCUCGGUCACUUCCUCGACCUCUAGAGUAGAUGCGCCCACAACGUCCCCUAGUUUCGCAACGUCUAAAUCCCUGAUUCCAACCUCCUCUACAAACAUGGGCAACUCGAUGCCCCCUGCGACGCCGCCCGCGCCAAAGCCAACAAAAACCCCGUCUGCUCCUCACUCCAAUCACACAAUCACCACAUCGGCUUCAUCCGCAGAGACCACCAACGCAGCCGCACGUACAACAACUCCUCCUGGAACCGGCAGUGGCCCAAUAUCGUCCAUGAGCCUUCCUGUGCCCAUGGCGACUAAUCAUACCGGGAUUCCCACCACGUCGAGCACCGUCUCUCUUCCGCCGUCGGCCUCGUCAACCUCGACAGAGACUCACGACGACGGGCAGUGGCACACCAUAUACCAGCCUUGGAAUAGCACCGUGACCCGCCGAUUCCGGCGUCUAUGA